CCUUGUCAAUCCCACAAUUCUCAAAUCUUUGAAAAAAGGCCCAUUAUGCAUAUGUGAUAAGUUAAAUUUAGAUACGACAUGAUAAGAAUGGGAAUUUUAAUUAUGGCAGUGUUCAACAUUUUAAUUAUAGAGAGUGCAAGACCUCAAACAGUUGAUAUGCUCAAGUCAUGUGGAAAGAACCUCCCAACAGAAAAUGCACUUCUUAUUGAAGUCAACGGUAAACGUGAAAUACACGGAGACAAAUGCACGUGCACUGUGAAGACGGAAAAGAAACGGCACUUUCUGAUAAAUAUUGAAAAGUUCACCCUUGGUAAAGGGGGAAAUUGUCCUCCGGAAAAACCACACCUUGACUUCUGCAUAAACAAGACUGAUUGUUUUGCUCAUGAAUGUGGCACCCUGAAGAAAUCAAAAUUUCUACCAAUAACUGCCAACAAUGUAUUUCAAAUACGGCUUCACUCAAAAAAGAUCACACCACAUGACGAAUUCCUGAUUGUAGCAACGUCAUUAUAUCAAGCUCCAUGUAAACCCAGAGACUGGAAAUGCUCUGCGACUGACAGUUACUGCAUCAACGGAACGCUGUUAUGUGAUGGUCACAAAAAUUGUCCCAACGGCGAAGAUGAAGAUAGAUGGCGCUGUCACCCGAAACAACCAAUGAACAUUUUCCUCAUGAUAUUCCUCGUCAUUUUCAUCUUACUCGUCAUUUUUAUCGGAAUGCCGUCCCUAGUUUUGUUGAAAAAAGUAAAUUGUAGCUUUCCCCUUCGAUAUGAAAGCAUCUGAGCGUAUUUGAUAUUUAUUAAAUUGAAUUUAGAAUACUUUUUUCUGACAUUUGUUGUAAAAAAGUGAAUAGUAUACUCAACAUAAAUACACCAAAUAAAUGUGCACCU